AGAUGUUUAUUAAAGAGCCUGAUAGCAUUCAAAAGGGCUGAUUGACUAGUGCAGUUAUCCCUAGCAACCAAUCUCAUCUUUCAUUUUCACUUAUCCUGCAUGAUGCAUUAUUUUCGGAUCAGCGGUAUCCCUACAAUAAACAUGAAAGAAAAGCCAGACAUGAAUUAAGAUUCCUAUAGUAAAAGGCAAUGCAGUCCUUAAGGGGCCUGGAGAUAAAAGAGUAGGAUGCUGACAUAUGCAGGAAUAACGUGAGGUUGGGGGGUCUCAAGCAGUGGAAGUGAUUAGACAGGGUUCAUAUGCUCUACACGUCACUGCUCAAGCACCUGGGACAAAUCUGGCAGUGGGACGUCUCUGGCACUAAAAGGAAUCAGCCCAGUUGUAGCUAUUUCAAGACUCCCGUCUUCUGCUGAGAAUACAGAGCUAACAGAAUAACUCUCCGGUACUUAUAGCAACAUGUGCUAGCUUAGAGAUGGCUUAUAGACAUGCCAAUGGGAUUGUUCUUUAUCCAACCUAAUCAAUGAACUGCAAACCAAAAUAAAGAGCAAGAGGUAUAUCGCUGGUGAGGUGUUGCUAGAAGUAUUUCAUAUCUCGAGCAAUGCCUCACACUCGUGCAAGAAACCACAGCCCGAUCCCCGAAGUCAACUGGGAUUCAGGACUCAAGGAAAUGAACGAGACGUGGAAAGGAGCGGUGGCGUGCCUCGGGGUUGCAGUCUUUUUUAUUAUGACUAUUGGGAUUAUCUACUGGCAAGUGGUGGACCAACCCAACAAAAAUUGGAUCAUCAAAGGAAGAUACAGCGGUGUUAUAUGGGAAAGGAACACUCACAGCCUUAUACUGCAGACCCUGAGCGAGGACAAGACCUACGUGGAGAUCAAUGUGGGCAACUUCCCUGACAUCGAGCAGCCGUUUGUCAAGAAUUUGUGCUGGUUGAAUAAGACAGAGUUUUGCUACACGUGGGAUUCCAUUGUGGAUCUCAAAAUCCGGUUGGACCACAGCUUCUCGGAUGGAACAGAAUGUUACCAUAUAGACUGGAUGCCAAAACACUGUGAUAUCAAAGUAAAGGAUUGCUUUUCCAUGACUAAUAUAUCAUGGUAUGGGGGAGCAGGCUUAAGUGCUCAGCACUGGCCCAUGAACAAUGUGAACAUGCCUCUACAGCCUUUUGUAAUCAGCAGUCUCAAAUCCCACCCAACAGGCUUUGGAUCUGUUUUGGAGAGAUACUUUCUGGGAUCAUCUGGGGUAUCGGUGCGUGUGAAUUCAGAUAUUCCAAUAUCCAUUUCAAUAGAAAGAAACAAGUUCUUCUGCGUGGAGACUCCAUCAAGCAAAGAGAAGACUCCUCUGCAAUAUACCGUGUGUAUUGGCCAAACCAUGAGAUCUGUCCAUCAAGAAAUGGGAAAUCAACUUCAUGAUAACCCGAGGAUGCUUCCAAAUGUUGACAUACUCUGGAUGCCGCUUUGGAAGCAUUACGGAAUCUCAGAUUCUGCCGCAAAACUUGAAAGAGAAUUGAGAUCGUUCCACAAUAAGCUUAUAAGGCAUGGUCUGGGAGAAUGCCUUAUUGGACUCAAUGAACAUUCCACAAUGCUGCUUUCUAGAAAGGACCACACGCCUAUUGAUCCCCAUGGAGUGCACUCUCACAGACAAAGAAGGGGUCCCCAUCAAGUUAGGCAUUUAAAUCUAUUAAUUACUACAUCCCCAUAUGCAAGUAUCAACUCUGAACCGUUCCAGAAUUAUCUGAAGGAAGGAAAAGAUAAUUAUUGGCUGAGUCUUUAUUCAAAGGUUGACGCUUCGCUGACACCUGUUUUGACAAAAUGGAAGAGCCAGUUCUCAGUAAGAUUAAAUAUCACAAGUGAAAACGCUGUUAACUGGUAUUUAAAUACUGUGAGAGCUCUGAAACACAAGUUAGGUGCGGAAUACGUCACAUUUGAAGGUGUGGAAGGAAAUACUUUUCUGGAACAAUCUAUCCAGCCUCCCAUGGGCCAAGAAGGGGACAGAUAUACAGGAUUUCUAGCAGAGAUGGCAGCAAAGCUUGGAAAUUCAACAAUAGUUACAGCAACUACAAGAUCUAGCCAUUUGCCAGUAUUCGUGCAAAUGAUCCCUCUUCAUUCAGAUUGGAGUUACAGUGGACUCAAAGGAAUUAUCCCGUCAGUUCUUCACUACAGUUUACUAGGAUAUAACUUUUUCAUUCCAGACGCAAUAGGUGGGACACUGGCAGAUGAGUUUCUAACAAACGAAGAACUAUUUAUCCGUUGGCUGCAAAUCGUGACCUUUCUUCCAGUGAUGUCCUUCAACACUCCUCCGUGGGUUUGCUGUGAUGAUUGGGUUCUGAACCUCACACGACAGUACAUCGACAAACAUCACAACUUUGUUGCUCCGCUGGUGACUAAAUAUGCUGAAGAGUGGAUAAGCUCUGGGAACCCCAUCUACAGACCAGUCUGGUGGAUCAGCCAAAAUGAUCCGGUGGCAUUCACAAUAGACAAUGAAUUUCUAAUAGGAGAUGAGAUUCUGAUAGCACCCAUCGUGGAACAGGGGCAAGUCCAUCGAGAUAUCUUCCUUCCCGGAAAUGACUACAAGUGGAUGGAUGCCAAGACUUUCCAAGUCUUCGAUGGAGGAACUGUAUUAAAACACUAUUUUUGCAGCCUACUGGAUAUUCCAGUGUUUAUCAAGACCUCAUAGAUUUUAGAAGAAAAUGAGUUAUUAAUGUAUAAUAUCACUUCUAAGAAGAUAAUUACUUUAGAGCUGUCUCUUAUUUAGAGAUGCCCGCACUUUUUCUAUGCACUCCGAGGGCUAUGUGCUUUUAAUUAUUUUAGUAUUCGUUAUUUCAUUAUCUUAUUGUCUAGGUUUUUCCAAAGUUUUUCAGAUCCCAUAGCAUUUGCAUUUAAUUAAAACUGAGUACUGUAUGUUGUGGAGAUCAGAUCAGGUACUGUAAUAUUUAUUGCUAAAGUCUUAAUAAAUUACCCACAUUGUUUACCUCUCUGUAUUAACAAA